AUGCAUUGUGAUUCAUCCCGCCUUGGUGUUGUUGUUGCUUAUACACCUCCUCUCCGCCACCCUGCCUGCCUUCUCUCCGCCGCCCUGCCUGCCUUCUCUCCGCCAUCCCGCCUGCCUUCUCUCAGCCACCCUGCCUGCCUCCUCUCCGCCAUCCUGCCUGCCUUCUCUCAGCCACCCUGCCUGCCUCCUCUCCGCCACCCUGCCUGCCUUCUCUCCGCCACCCUGCCUGCCUUCUCUCCGCCACCCUGCCUGCCUCCUCUCCGCCACCCUGCCUGCCUUCUCUCCGCCACCCUGCCUGCCUUCUCUCAGCCACCCUGCCUGCCUCCUCUCCGCCACCCUGCCUGCCUUCUCUCCGCCACCCUGCCUGCCUCCUCUCCGCCAUCCUGCCUGCCUUCUCUCAGCCACCCUGCCUGCCUCCUCUUCGCCAUCCUGCCUGCCUUCUCUCCGCCACCCUGCCUGCCUUCUCUCCGCCACCCUGCCUGCCUCCUCUCCGCCACCCUGCCUGCCUCCUCUCCGCCACCCUGUCCGCCUCCUCUCCGCCACCCUGCCUGCCUCCUCUCCGCCACCCUGCCUGCCUCCUCUCCGCCACCCUGUCCGCCUCCUCUCCGCCACCCUGCCUGCCUUCUCUCCGCCACCCUGCCUGCCUCCACUCCGCCACCCUGCCUGCCUCCUCUCCGCCACCCUGCCUGCCUUCUCUCCGCCAACCUGCCUGCCUUCUCUCAGCCAACCUGCCUGCCUUCUCUCAGCCACCCUGCCUGCCUUUUCUCCGCCAACCUGCCUGCCUUCUCUCCGCCAACCCGCCUGCCUUCUCUCCGCCACCCUGCCUGCCUCCUCUCCGCCACCCUGCCUGCCUUCUCUCCGCCACCCUGCCUGCCUCCUCUCCGCCACCCUGCCUGCCUCCUCUCAGCCACCCUGCCUGCCUUCUCUCCGCCAACCUGCCUGCCUUCUCUCCGCCAACAGUCCUGUCUUCUCUCAGCCAACCUGUCUGCCUUCUCUCCGCCAACCUGCCUGCCUUCUCUCGGCCACCCUGCCUGCCUCCUCUCAGCCAACCUGCCUGCCUUCUCUCAGCCAACCUCCCUGCCUUCUCUCAGCCAACCUGCCUGCCUCAAAAAGACUCUAGAACAUAAACAUCGGGAUCUCCCAAGCCUCGUUCUAGCACGACACGGGGAUUUCCCAAGCCUCGUUUUGGCAUGA